UGAGCCGGAGUUGGAGGGGGGACAUGCUCGCUCAGCAACCCAGCAUAGUUUCUCCAAGGUGGGCCAAGCUGUGACAGAGGGCCUCUCUCUGGUGAGCCAAUCCGCAACCCUGACCGCUCCAGCAGGCCUCACUCCCAGUCCUAACUACUGUGUGUGCCAGGACCAGGCCACCUCCAGCCCAGGCCAGACCACGUCUACCCCAGGCCAGCCCAGAGUGGGUCAGCCCCAGCCCAACCCACCUCUUCCCCAGCCAAGUAGCGGCCCAGGCCCAGGCUCCAGAAGCAUGGCCUUCACCCUGUCAGAGAUCAUGGCUGCACGGCGGCAGCAGCAGUCCCAGGCCCAGCGGGCGGCAGGCAGGGUGGCCGUGGAGGUGGAUGAAUACAGCACCAACCCCACCCAGGCCUUCACCUUCUACAACAUCAACCAGGGACGCUUCCAGCCCCCGCACGUACACAUGGUGGACCCUCUGCCCCACGACACUCCCAAGCCACCAGGUUACACCCGUUUUGUGUGUAUCUCAGACACCCACUCCCGUACGGACGCCAUUCAGAUGCCCUAUGGAGACGUGUUCAUCCAUGCUGGAGACUUCACAGAGCUGGGCCUGCCCUCUGAGGUCAAGAAGUUCAAUGAUUGGCUAGGCACCUUGCCCUAUGACAUAAAGAUAGUGAUUGCGGGGAACCAUGAGUUGACCUUUGACCAGGAGUUCAUGGCUGACCUGAUCAAGCAGGACUUCUACUACUUCCCGUCGGCCUCCAAGCUGAAACCAGAGAACUACGAGAACGUCCAGUCCCUGCUCACCAACUGUAUCUACCUGCAGGACUCAGAGGUCACUGUACGAGGCUUCCGUAUCUACGGCUCCCCCUGGCAGCCAUGGUACUAUGGCUGGGGGUUCAACCUGCCAAGAGGUCAGGCUCUGUUGGACAAGUGGAACCAGAUUCCCGACUCCACCGACAUACUGGUCACACACUGCCCCCCACUGGGGUUCCUGGACUGGGUUCCUAAGAAGAUGCAGCGGGUGGGCUGUAUGGAGCUGCUCAACACUGUCCAGAGGAGAGUACAGCCCAAGCUGCACGUGUUCGGACACAUCCACGAAGGUUAUGGUAUGAUGACAGACGGCACCACCACGUUCGUCAACGCCUCGGCCUGCACCGUCAACUUCCAGCCCAUGAACCCGCCCAUCGUCUUCGACCUGCCCAAUCCCACCAGGACCACAUGACUAGAGAAGCCCCGCCCUGCUGAACCCCCCUCCAAUCAGGAGACAAGUGGUGGGAAGGCAGAUAGGUGAGGGUGGUGGGCAGGUGUGGUGGAGUACUGUAUAUAGUCAAGGCUCUAACGGAUGCUGUGUGUGUGUGUGGGUGUGGGUGUGUGUGCGUGUUGGUGUGUUUGGCACAACACACACAAGCCCAAGUCUCUUACAGACGAUGUGUGUGUCUAAAGAGACAGGCGCUGUUGCCAAUCCUCACUUGGCAAAUCCAUCUAUGUUCUUUUAUAUACUGUCAUUCCUUUAUUUCAACAAAAGCUCUUACAAACUCGAAAGUAAGGCAAAAGACAGACCCCAGAUGCCUCAUUUCUCAUAUGGACAUGUCAGCAUUAGUCUGUGAAUCUUCUGUUGCACUUCUACUGCACUGACAAUCUGACCUGGCUGUCAG